AUGAAGCUCUUCACAGAUGGAACCACCAACAAACUGGUGGGCUGCUACGUGGAGGACAGUCCCGAGGAUGUGGUCCUGGUCAGAGUUUACGGGAACAAGACGGAGCUGUUUGUGGACAGGGACAAUGAGCUGAAUAGCUUCCAGGUGCUACAUGCUAAUGGUUGCGCUCCUCGCCUCUACUGCUCAUUUCAAAAUGGCAUCUGCUACGAGUUCAUUCAGGGGGACGCUCUGGGGACGCAGGAUGUCAGGGAUCCUUCUUUGCUCAGAAUGAUCGCUGGGGAGAUGGCUCGUAUCCACGCCAUCCACGCACACAACGGCUGCAUCCCCAAACCCAACCUCUGGAUCAAGAUGAGGAAGUACUUCUCCCUCGUGGCCACCGAGUUCACCGACCAAGCGUCCAACCUCAGGUGA